AUGUCUGGGUGCCCCCCGUCCCUUCUGCAGCCUCGAGCAGAACACGCCGCCCAGCCAGCAACAGCCACUGUCCCAGCACCCCCUGACCAGCCCUCCCAGGGCCCCCUGACCCGGGCCCGCCCAGCAAAGUUGUAUGCGGCCCCUGCUAUCUGCUAUUUCCGUCUGUCCAGCCGGGUCUCCUCCCCAGGCCUGGACAUCACCAAGAGGGCUGCAGGCCUGCUGGCUGGUCAGCCCCAUAAUCUCCAGCAGCUCCUUGGGGCUAAAGGACACCUGAAGCAGGGGGCCAGGGACGGCUCUCCUGGUCCAGUCCCGCUGGACUCUGCGUACGAGGUGGGCCACGUUCGCAAGCUGCAGGCACGGCACAUGCAGGUACAGGAGAAGACUUUCACCAACUGGAUCAACAACAUCUUCCAGCACGGCCGGGUUGGCAUCAAAAUCCAGAACUUGUACACGGAGCUGGCCGAUGGCAUCCACCUUCUGCGCCUGCUGGAGCUCAUCUCCGGGGAGGCCCUGCCGCCCCCUAGCCGGGGCCGCAUGCGCGUGCACUUCCUAGAGAACAGCAGCCGUGCUCUGGCCUUCCUCAGGGCCAAGGUGCCAAUUCCCCUCAUUGGGCCAGAGAACAUCGUGGACGGAGACCAGACGCUCAUCCUGGGACUCAUCUGGGUCAUCAUUCUGCGUUUCCAGAUUUCCCACAUCUCCCUGGACAGGGAGGAGUUCGGGGCCAGCGCAGCCCUGCUGUCUGCCAAGGAAGCUCUGCUGGUCUGGUGCCAGCGGAAGACAGCCUGCUACACCAACGUCAGCAUCACCGACUUCUCCCGCAGCUGGAGUGACGGGCUCGGCUUCAGUGCCCUCAUCCAUGCCCACAGGCCAGACCUGCUUGACUACGGCUCCCUGCAUGCUGACCGCCCAAUGCACAACCUGGACUUCGCUUUCCGCGUGGCUGAGCAGGAGCUGGGCAUCGCUCAGCUGCUGGACCCCGAGGACGUGGCGGCCCUGCAGCCUGACGAGCGUUCCAUCAUGACCUACGUCUCCCUCUACUACCACCACUUCUCCCGCCUGCACCAGGGGCAGACUGUCCAAAGAAGGCUCGCGAAGAUCCUGCUUCAGCUCCAGGAGACAGAGGAGCUGCAGACCCAGUACGAGCACCUGGUGGCCGACCUGCUAUGCUGGAUUGCAGAGAAGCAGGUGCAGCUGGAGGCGCGGGAUUUCCCAGACUCCCUGCCUGCCAUGCGCCAGCUACUGGUGGCUUUUGCCUCCUUCCGCACCCAGGAGAAGCCACCGCGGCUGCAGCAGCGAGGGGCCACGGAGGCCCUGCUCUUCCAGCUGCAGACAGCACUCCGAGCCCAGAACCGCAGGCCGUUCCUGCCUCAGGAGGGCCUGGGCCCUGUGGAGCUGUCCCAGUGCUGGGCAGGCCUGGAGCAGGCAGAGGCCUCUCGGAGCCAGGCCCUGCAGCAGAGGCUCCUGCAGCUAGAGCGGCUGGAAACCCUGGCCCGGCGCUUCCAGUGCAAGGCGGCCCUCCGGGAGAGCUUCCUGACAGAUAUAGAGCACGUGCUGGGCCAGGCCACAGCCCCACCAGCCAGCCCGGCCAUAGUGGAGGUGGCCGCCCAGAGGCUAGGCAUGCUGGAAGCCAGCAUCCUGCCCCAGGAGGGGCGUUUCCAGGCCCUAGCGGAGCUCGCGGACAUCCUCCAGCAGGAACAGUACCACAGCUGGGCAGAUAUAGCCCGCAGGCAACUGGAGAUCACUCGGCGUUGGGAGCGGCUCCUUCAGUGUCUGCAAGGGCAGAGGAGGCAGAUGGCAGGCAUGCAGCCUGUGCUGAGCCUGCUGCAGGAGGUGGAGACUGCCUCCAACCAGCUCAAGGAGCUGCAGGUGCUAGCCAGCUCCACGGCCUGUGGGCAGCAGCUGGCAGAGGCAGUGGAGUUGAUGCAGAGGCAUGACCUGCUAGAGGCCCAGGUCUCAGCCCACGGAGCCCACAUGAGCCAUCUUGCCCGCCAGACCACGGAGCUGGACUCCUCCUUGGGCACUGGGGUGGAGGUGCUGCAGGCCAAGGCCGGGGUGCUGGCCCAGCUCCACCAGAGCCUGGUGCCUCUUGUCAGGGCCCGGCGGGCCUUGCUGGAGCACACCCUGCAGCGGCUGGAGUUCCUGCAUAACUGUGAGGAGGAGGAAGCCUGGUUGAGGGAGCGCCGACAGCUGGUGGAGGACACGGCCCUGGGCCGGGAUCUUAGGCAGAUCUCAGCGGCCCUGCAGAAACACAAGGCCCUGGAAGCUGAGCUCCGCUGCCACCAGGCUGUGUGCGCUGAUCUCGUGCGGAGAGGUUGCGACCUGGGUGCCCGCGGGCCCCCGACGCAGCCGGACCCCCGGGAGCGGGCCGAGGCGGUGCAGGGCACGUGGCGGUGGCUCCGGGCCCGGGCGGCGGGACGGGGUGCGCGGCUGCAGGCAGCCCUACUCGUCCAGCAGUACUUCGCCGACGCGGCAGAAGCGGCCUCGUGGCUACGGGAGCAGCAGUGCGCGAUGGAGAGCGCGUCCUGCGGGCAGGACCAGGCGGCCGCCGAGGCCCUGCUGCGGCGCCACCUGCGGCUGGGGCGCGCCGUGCGCGCCUUCGGGGCCGAGCUGCACAGCUUGGAUGAGCAGGCGCGGGCGGCGGCGGCCCAGGCGGCGCUCACGAGGGAGUCUCCAGAAGACUGCAGCAGGGUUGAUGGGGACACACCUGGGAGACCCAAGGAUGGGACCCAACUCUUAGCACCACCCAGCAGUCAGCAGCCAUGUCCCCAGGUCCAGAUGCACUUCAUCUACAGAGGAGAGGCCCUGAAGCCUGGGCACCAGAGGGGCCCUGACACCUGGGAGCUGAAGGACUGGGAGGGCUGCCAGGCCAAGGUGCCCAUCAGCCACGUCCUACAGCAGGAACCCCAGGCGCUGUCUGCCCUGAGUUCUCCAAGGGAAGGCCGGAGGAACCUGGGGGCCUGGUGUGAGGUUUCUUGCCACUCUGGCCCCUGGGACACCCAGAAGGUGGCCCUUCCGGCUGAGCCUGACCCCAGCUUUGACCCCAACACCAUACUCCAGACACAGGACCGCUUGAGCCAGGAUUACGAGGGCCUGCAGGCCGUGGCAGAGCACCGCAGGGCCCAGUUGGAGGAGGCGGUGGCCCUCUUUGGCUUCUAUGGCUCGUGUGAGGAGCUCCAGUCCUGGCUGGAAAACCAGACAGCGCUGUUCCUAACACUGCAGCCCCAGUCUGACAACGUGGAGGUCCUGCAGCUCAAAUACGAGAACUUCCUCUCUGCCCUGGCUGUGGGAAGGGGCCGCUGGGCUGAGGUCAGCAGCUCUGCUGAGCAGCUGAAGCAGAGAUGUCCUGGAGACUCCCCCCGAAUCCAGCGACAGCAGGAGGAACUGAGCCAGAGGUGGGGGCAGCUGGAGGCCCUGAAGAAAGAAAAAGAAAUGCAGCUGGCGCGCACCGCAGACGUGCGCAGUUUCCUGCAGGAGUGUGGAGCCACACAGGUCCAGCUGCAAAACGUGAUACUCCAGCUGGAAGCCCUGGAGCUGGGGCGCUCAGAAGACAGCCACCGCAUCCUACACCUGGCCCAGCAGAAGAUGCCAGCGCUAGAGAAGAGCAUCCACUCCCUGCAAAGGGUGGCCAUAAAAGUCAAGGAGUCAGGCCCUGCAGAGAGCCAGUUCCUGCAAGAACAGGUGGAGAUGCUGCAGGGGCUGCUGGAACGAGCGCAGCAACAAGUGGCCCAGCUGGCCAGCACCCAAGCCGGGGUGCGGGCCAGGCAGAGCUUCCUGCAAGAGAGCCAGCGGCUGCUGCUGUGGGCAGAGAGUGUCCAGGCUCAGCUGCGCAGUGAGGAGGAGAUGGGGGACAUGGCCUCAGCCCAGCGGCUGCUGACGGAGCACCAAGACCUGCUGGAGGAGAUACACCUGCAGCAGGAGAGGCUGCAGCAGCUGGAGGCUCAGGGCCAGCCCAUGGCAGCCUUGGACUCCCCGGACUCCCAUGAGGUGGCCAGCGCUCUGAGGCUUCUGGGCCAGCAAGGCCGGGGGCUGAAGGCCGCCUGGGAGCAGAGACAGCAGCGGCUGCAGGAGGGGCUGGAGCUGCAGAGGUUCAGUCGAGAAGUGGAUGGUUUCACCGCCACCUGUGCCAACCACGAGGCCUUCCUGCAGCUGGACAGCCUUGGGGAGGAUGUGGCGGAGGCUCAGAGCCUGCUGCAGCGGCACCAGGAGUUUGGGCGGCUCCUGGGCGCCCUCAGCCCUCGGGCAGAGGCUCUACAGGCACGUGGCGAGAAGCUGGCUCAGAGCCAACAUGCUGCUGCACACAAGGUCAGAGAGCAGCUGCAGGGCAUCCAGGCACAAUGGACCAGGAUCCAGGAGAGGAGUGAGCAGAGGAGGCAGCAGCUGCAGGCUUCCCUCCAGCUCCAGGAAUGGAAGCAGGAUGUGGCGGAGCUGAUGCUGUGGAUGGAGGAGAAGGGGCUGGCGGUGGCCGAGAGCCCUCCCGAGCCCUCCCGAGAGCCCGGCAGCGUCCUGCGGAAACUCAAGCAGCACGAAGCAGCUGAGCGCGAGCUGCUGGCCGCCCGUGGGCACCUGGAGGGCCUGCGGCAGGCCGGGAGAGAGCUGUUGAGCAGCAGGCUCAGUGCCCAGGAGGACGUGCAGGCCAGGCUUCAGGGCCUGAGUAGCAAGUGGGAAGAGUUGAACCUCAAGAUGGCAGAGCGUGGGGACCAGCUCCGGCAGGCUAGGCAGCAGGACCAGCUCCGGGGGCUGCUGCAGGAUGCCAAGGAGAAGAUGGAGCAGCUAGAGGGGGCCCUGCAGGGCGCAGAAACAGGGCAGGACCUGAGCUCCAGCCGGAGGCUGCAGAAACAGCACCACCAGCUGGAGGGUGAGAGCCAGGCACUGGCCGGGAAGAUGGCCGCCCUCGUCUCCCAGGCCCUCAGCAUGGUCAAUUCCCAGACCAUCGUGGAGGAGACCCAAAAGUACCUCCAAAGGUUCGAGUCCCUGCAGGGACGUCUGGCCGCCCGGCAAUGGCAGCUGCAGGCCUCAGUUGAGCUGUACCAGUUCUACCAACUGAGCAGCAUGGAGCUCACGUGGGUGGCUGAGCACAUGCCCAGUGCCAGCUCCACCGGCUCCACCAAGUGCUUACAUGGUACCCAGAGCCUUUGCCACAAACACGAGGAGCUCCAAGCAGAAGUGAAAGCCCACCAGGGUCAGAUGCAACGGCUACUGGAUUCCGGACGGAGCCUGGCAGCCUCAGGGCACCCCCAAACCCGGGACAUCAUAAAGCAGUGCCAGGAGGUGGAAGACCACUGGAUAGAGCUGGAGCAUGCAUGUGAGGCACGGGCUCGGUGCCUGCAACAGGCUGUCACUCUCCAGCAGUAUUUUCUGGAUGCGUCAGAGCUGGAGGACUGGGUGGAGGAGAAGUGGCCACUGGUGAGCAGUCAGGACUAUGGUGGAGACGAGGCAGCCACUCUCAGGCUCAUUAAGAAGCAUCAGACUCUGCAGCAGGAACUAGUUCUUUGUUGGAGCUCCAUGGAGAAGCUUGACCAACGAGCCCAGACCCUCACUGGCCCUGUGGCCUCUGAGCAGCUGCGUGAGGUGCAGAGGAGGCUCUGGGAGCAGCUGCAGGUGCUGCAAGAGUUGUCAGUCUCACGGGAUCGGGAGCUGGAGGGGACCCUGAAGCUGCACGAGUUCCUGAGGGAGGCUGAGGAGCUGCAGAGCUGGCUGGCUAGCCAGAAGCAGACAGCCAGAGGAGAGAGCCUCGGAGAGGACCACGAGCAGGUCCUGCACCUCUGCACUAAGUUUGCAAAGUUUCAGUGCCAAGUGGAGCUGGGUGGCCAGCGAGUGGCAACCUGCCAGCAGCUGGCAGACAGCCUACUGGAGCAUGGACACAGCGCUGGCCCCAAGGCCUGCCAGAGGCAGCAGGAUCUGCAGGCCGCCUGGUUGGAGCUGUGGGAGCUGACCCAGGCCCGAGGCCGCCUGCUCCGAGAUGCUGAGAUUGCCCUCAAAGUUCACAGAGAUCUGUGGGAAGCCCUCACCUGGGUCCAGGAAAAAGCCGCAAGCCUCCCCAGGGACGUGGCCCAAGACCUGCGUGGGCUGGAGGCCCAGCUGAGGAGACACGAGGGGCUGGAGCGUGAACUCCUAGGCACUGAGCGGCAGCUGCAGGGACUGCUGGAGAUUGGAGGCACCAUGCAGAAGCGGGGUCCAGGGCCUCAGGCCCACGUGGUACAGCAGAGGCAGCAGGCUCUGGUGCAGGCCUGGGAGGCCUUGAAGCUACACAUGGAGCAGCACAGGGCCCAGCUGGAGCAGGCACACCUCCUGGCUCGCUUCCAUGUGGUGGUGCAGGGCUAUGCAUCCUGGGCAGCCCAUGUGUGGCAGGAGCUGCAGAGAGAGGACACUUUCCAGGAGCCCAGCAGUGGCCCCCUAGCGCUCAGUGCCCACCAGCAGCUUCGGGCAGAGCUGGAGGCCCAGGAGGAGCUGUACCAGCGGGCUGCCCAGCUUGGCCGGCAGGUGCUCCUGGCUGCAGGGACACCCAUCAAGGAGGUCCAGAAAGGGCUGCAAGCCCUGCAGGAUGAGCGGGAGCGGGUGUUCCAAGCCUGGGAAAGGAAGCAAGAGAGGCUGCAGGCCAUGCACCGGGAGCAGCUCUUCCUCAGAAAGUGUGGCCGCCUAGACCAGAUCCUCACGGCCCAGGAGGUUUCCCUGAGAACCAGUGCCCUGGGGAGCUCGGUGGAAGAGGUGGAGCAGUUGAUCCGCAAGCAUGAGACCUUCCAGAAGGUGCUGACUGCCCAGGAUGAGAAGGAGACAGCCCUGUGCGAGGAUGUGAAGACGCUCAGGGGCCCCCGGGUGCAGGACCUGCUCCACACGGUGCUGGAGCGUCGAGCUCGAGUGAAGGAGCUGGCAGAGAGCCGGGGACACGCCCUGCACGCCUCCCUGCUGAUGGCCAGCUUCACCAGGGCCGUGACCCAGGCCCAGGAUUGGAUCCAGGAGCGGGUCCAGCAGCUGAAAGAGCCAAUCCUUCCUGGGGACCUGAAAGAUAAGUUGAAGUUCCUGCAGAAACACCAGGCCUUCGAAGCUGAGGUCCAGGCCCAUAAGGAGGUCAUAACCUCUGUCGCCAAGGAGGGCGAGGCUCUUCUGGCACAGAGCCACCCUCGGGCGGGAGAGGUCUCCCAAAGACUCGGGGAGCUGCAGGAGCACUGGGAGAAGCUGAGGCAGGCACUGGCUCUCCGGGGCCAGGACCUGGAGGACAAGCAGAACUUCCUGGAGUUCCUACAGAGGGUGGACCUUGCAGAGGCCUGGAUCCAGGAGAUGGAGGUGAUGGUGAAUGUCGGUGACCUGGGCCAGGACCUUGAGCACUGCCUGCAGCUCCGUAAGCAGCUCCACAUGUUCCGAGGAGUCUGGGCCGGGGACACGGUGGAUGACACCCACAUCAGGAGCGUCAAUGACUGGUCGCUGCAGCUCAAGAACCGGGACCCUGAGCAAGUCAAGACCAUCCACCAGCGGCGACACCAGCUCAACAACAGGUGGAAGAGUUUCCAGGGCAACCUGCUCCGGUACCAGCAGCAGCUUGAAGGGGCCCUGGAGAUGCACUCCUUGUCCCGGGAGCUAGAUGACAUCACUGAGCGGAUUGGGGAGAAAGCUGCCUUGAUCCAGGGCCCGGACCACGGGAAAGACCUGGAGAGCGUGCAGAGGCUGCUGCGGAGACACAAGGAGUUGGAGCAGCAAAUGGGCCUCAUCCAGGCGCAGGUGGAGGCCCUAGAGCGAGAGGUGGGCCGCUUCUGCCAGAGAAGCCCUGGGGCAGCCCCCAGCCUCAGCCACAAGCGGCGGGAGAUGAUGGACAGCUGGUGGCAGCUCCAGAGCAGGGCCCAGAAGUGGAGGGAGUGCCUGGAUGCCCUGCACCAAGCUUGGAAACUGCAGGCAGUGCUGCAGGAACUGCUGGUCUGGGCCCGGAGGCUGCGGGCUGAGAUGGAUGCUCCACGCGCCCCCAGCAGCCCCGCGGAGGCCCGGCACAUGUUGGAGGAACACCAGCAGCGCAAGGCCGAGCUGGACUCCCGAACAGACAGCAUCAGCCUGGCCCGAAGCACUGGGCAGCGACUGCUCGCAGUGGGGCACCCGUCUGCCCCUGACACCCGCCAGGCCCUGGCUGAUUUAGACCAGGAGCUGAACAGCCUGGAAGGGGCCUGGCAGGAGCACCAGCUCCAGCUCCAGCAGGCCUUGGAGCUACAGCUGGUUCUGAGUUCUGUGGAGCAGAUGGAAAGUUGGCUCUGCAGCCAGGAAGCCUGCCCAGCCAUUGAGGGUCAGGGGGAUUCCUUGGCCAAUGUGGAGACCCUUCUGUGGAAGCACAAGGUGGUUGAGCAGGGCCUGGAGGCACAGGCAGACAAAAUCAGCAUGUUGGAAGCCGCAGCUCGCAGCCUGCACCAGGGAGGGCACUCCGAGGCCCAGAGCGCCCUGGGCCGGUGCCAAGCCAUGCUCCUGAGGAGAAAGGCACUCGUGGAGCGAGCCGGGACCCGCCGCCGCCAGCUGGAGGAGCUCCGGCAGCUGCAGACUUUCCUGCAGGACUCCUCCGAGGCGGCCGCGUGGCUCAGGGAGAAGAACCUGGUGGCCCUGGAAGAGGGCUGGCAGGACCCAGCCUCGCUGCAGGCACAGGUGCAGAAGCAGCAGAAACUCCAGGCCGAACUGGAUACGAGUGUGCACCUUCGACAAAGGCUGCAGAUGGAAGGGCAGAGGCUGCUACAGGGGGGCCACCAGGCCUCAGAGACCAUCCAGAAGCAGCUGCAGGAGCUGGGAUUGCUCUGGGACGAGCUGCAGGCCAACUGCCAGAAGGCAGCAGCCAAGCUCCAGGAGGCCUGCGAGGGACUGCGUCUGCGGAGGAGUGUGCAGGAACUGGAGAGCUGGCUGGGGCCCAUGGAGGUUGAGCUGAGAGCCCCGCUCAGGGGCCAGGACCAGCCUGGGCUGGAUGAGCUCCUGGAGGCCCAGGGAGAGCUGGAGGCCUCAGUGGACAGGCAGACCAGGAGGGCACAGGCCCUGGUGGGCCAGACCCGAGCCUUUAUACAGGAAGGCCACUGCCUGGCCCAAGAUGUGGAAGAGCAGGCCCAGCGACUGCUUCAGAGGUUCGAGAGCCUGCGGGGGCCCCUGGGGGAGCGCAGGACGGCUCUGGAGGCCCGGAGCCUCCUUUUGCAGUUCUUCAGGGACGCAGACGAGGAGAUGGCCUGGGUGCAGGAGAAGCUGCCCCUGGCAGCCGCCCGAGACUCCGGCCAGAGCCUGAGCGCCCUGCGGCAUCUGCAGGAGAAGCACCAGAACCUGGAGAGCGAGAUGAGCAGCCACGAGGCUCUGACCCAGGCGGUGGUGAGCACCGGGCACAAGCUGGUGCAGGCUGGGCACUUCGCUGCCCGUGACGUGGCCGCCCGAGUACGGCAGCUGGAGAGCGCCGUGGACCGCCUGCGGGCAGAGGCUGCGCGGAGGAGGCGGUGGCUGCAGCAGGCUCAGGAGGCCCAGCAGUUCCUGACGGAGCUCCUGGAGGCAGAAUCCUGGCUGGCAGAACGGGGCUGUGUCCUGGACAUUGAGGACGUGGGCCAGAGUGCCAAGGCCACACAGGCCUUUCUUCGGCGGCUGGAGGCCACCAGGAGAGAGCUGGAGGGCUUUGGCCCGCGCAUCGAGAGACUGCAGCAGACUGCAGCCCUCCUUGAGAGUGGGCAGAACCCAGAAAGCCCCAAGGUGCUGGCCCGGAUGCGGACAGUGAGGGAGGCCCAUUUGGGGCUGCUGCGGAGAGUGGAGAGCAGGGGCCAAGGCCUGCGGGAGCAGCUGCAGCUCCACCAGCUGGAACGAGAGGCCCUGCUCCUUGAUGCCUGGCUGGCCAGCAAGGUGGCUUCUGCUGAGUCCCAGGACUGUGGGCAGGACCUGGAGGCCGUCAAAGUGCUGGAAGAGAAGUUUGAUGCUUUCAGAAAGGAAGUCCAGAGCCUGGGGCAGGCCAAGGUUCAGGCCCUGAGGGAGCUGGCAGGCUCCCUGGAACGGGCAGCACCCCGGUGCUGUCCCCAGAUCCAAGCCCAGAGGAGUCGCAUCGAGGCCACUUGGGAGAGACUGGACAGGGCAAUAAAAGCCCGCACAGAGAACCUAGCCACAGCCCGUGAGGUCCGAGGCUUUGAGCAGGCGGCCGCUGAACUCUGGGGCUGGAUGCAGGAGAAGGCCACCCUGAUGGAGCGAGAUGCCCGUGGCCACAGCCUGUCAUCUGUGCAGACCCUGCAGCAACAGCACAGGUGCCUGGAGAGGGAACUGGCGGCCAUGGAGAAGGAGGUGGCACGGGUGCAGACAGAGGCCUGCCGACUGGGCCAGCUACACCCUGCGGCUCAGGAGGGCCUGGCCGCACGGCUGGCUGAGGUGCAAGAUGCCUGGGCCACCCUGGGGGCAAAGGCCCAGGAGCAGAGUCAGCAGCUGGAACAGGCUGCCCAGGGCCAUGCCUUCCUCAGACGCUGUCGGGAACUACUAGCGUGGGCUCAGGAAAGGCAGGCACUGGUGUCCUCGGAGGAGCUGGCUGGGGACAUGACAGGAGCUGAGUGGCUCCUGGGGCAGCAUGAGGAGCUACGGCAGGAAAUCAAGGAGCACUGCCUUCAAGCCUGGGAUGCACAGCAGGAGGGGCAACAGCUGGUGGACAAAGGCCACUUCAUGUCCCUGGAGGUGACAGAGUGUCUGCAGGAGCUGGAAGGGCGGCUGCAAGGGCUCAAGGAGGCUUGGGCCCUGUACCAGGAACGCUGCGCGGAGAACUCGAGGCUGCAGGAGCUGCGGCAGGGGCUGGACCAGGCCGAGGCCUGGCUGGCCUCCCGGGAGGGCCUCCUGCUGGACCCCAACUGCGGGCGGUCAGUGUCAGAUGUGGAGUUGCUGCUCCGCAGACACCAGGACUUCGAAAAGCUACUGGCAGCCCAGGAAGAAAAGUUUGCCCAACUGCAGAGGAAGGUGGAGAUGGAACAGCAAGUGAAGGGGCUGAAACCUGGGACAGUUGGCAGUGAGCUGACCUCCCUCCACCAGAGGCCCUUUGGAAGCUGGUGGCCAGGAGCACAGCUGGCUGAGACAAGGGUCCUGCCAUCGGGUGUCCCUGUUGGGCCACGCACACUCUUUGCCACCACCAUCUCCCUGGAGCAUGCGGCCGGACAGCAGGAGCCCAGUGAGGCCAUGAGGGAUGCAAAGGGAGCCCCAACCAUGGAGGGGUUUCUGGAGCUUAAGCAGCAGCCCCUGCCCGGGGAGAGGCAGCCCAGCUCGAGCUCCUGGGAUGGCUGCUAUGGGGUCUUGGGAAGCAGUUCCCUGAGCCUGUUCCCAGAUCAGAGGAUGGCAGUGGAGAAAGUGGCUUCCAUGGCCACCCUUGACCUCGUGGGAGCCCAGUGUGAGAAGCCGAGGGACCACCAAGGCAGGAAACACACCUUCUCCUUAAGGCUGAGCAGCGGGACGGAGAUCCUGUUUGCAGCAUCGUCAGAAGCGCAGGCUGAGAGCUGGCUGCAAGCCCUGAGCAGGGCCACAGCCCACAGUCUGAGCCCAGAACCCAGAGGCAGGCCUCCAGGCUCCCUGGCCACUGAGGGGCUGCCCAGCAUGGCCGCUCCGCUCAGAUUCCACGGAUGUCCCCCACCAGGGGCUAGUGCCACUGGGGCCCUGCCCUCCCCGCUGAGGGAGAGACGCCCACAGCCCCUGGAGUCCCUGCCGAUGGCUGGCCCUGCAGAGGAAAACGCACAAGGCUCCCACCGCCUCUCCUGCUCAGGCCGGACCCCAGGUCUGGGCCCUGAAGUGAACCCUGAGGUGGCACCAAACCUCAGAGCUACAAGCGAGGACACCCACAAGGGGACCAGAAUGAGACUCAGCAACCAGGCCCCUCGUGACCAACUUCUAGAAUAGAUGGUUCUCUGUGAGGAUGGCCCCAUCAAGCUCACUGCUUGCUGGAGUUACACCGUUGGCGCUGUCUCUUUCCUUAGCUCAUCUGGUCCCAGGUCGGACCACCCUUACUGUGGGGCAGGAACCAGCCCUUUGCCUGAGUCCCUGGCCUCUCUGCUGGCAGUCACUGUCUGCAAGUCUGCUCACCUGCCAGGGCUGCAGCAGCGGAAACCCACAGGCCAAAGUCGCCUUGUCCCUGCUUGGAAAGGGUGGCCCUGAGCAUGGGGUAGACUCAGCCAUGAGCAGGGGGCCACCCCUCAGGGGAAGCCCACGCUGACCCACUAGCUCUGUAUGGGGCCUGGGGAGACAUUACAUUUUGUCUUUUUUUUUUUUUUUUUAAAGAUUGGCACCUGGGCUAACAACUGUUGCCAAUCUUCCUUUUUUUUUUUUUCCCAAAGAUUGGCACCUGGACUAACAA